AUGCACGUCACCAUACGCUCCUUCAUGACGAAGGCACCGCCGCGGCUUGCCCUGUUACCUCCAUGCCUGGCCAACAAGCGUGCCGAGCUGUUUCAUAAUGUCUAUGACGGUCAGCGUUUAAAUUUGGGCCCGGGCUUGCCGGUCGCUCUGCACAGCGUAUUCGGCUGGGUUCUCACGGGGAAGCUCGACCCCGAGUGUCGACCCCCACCGACUACCUCUUCCCUCUUUGCUUCCACACUUGCCCUAGACAAUGUGGUCAAGCGUUUUUGGGAGGUCGAAGAGCCCCCGUCGGUUGAUAUUUCAAACCCAGAAGACGAUAAAUGUGAACAGUUAUAUACCAAUCUAGUGAAACGCAAUCCUGACGGAAGGUACGUCGUUCCUAUGUUAGUCAAGGAGCCGUGCGAAAAACUCGGGGAUUCUUAUAAUAUUUCUUUAUCACGAUUCACAAACCUUGAAAGACGACUUCAUCGUCACGACCAACUGAAAGAAGAUUACGUCCGCUUUAUGCGCGAGUAUAGCGAGUUGGGUCAUAUGGAACCUGUUGACCCACCGAACGAUAGUGACCGGAAUAUAAUUCCUCACCAUUGCGUUUUAAGACCAGAUAGUUCAACUACCAAACUACGUGUAGUUUUCGACGGCAGCGCGAGAACUACUAACGGGAAGGCUUUAAACGAUAUUGUCCACACCGGUCCAAAACUGCAAAAUGAUAUCGUAGACAUCAUUACUAAGUUCCGCCUUCACGAGGUAGUUUUCACCGCGGACAUCUCUAAGAUGUACCGUAAUAUUGAUUUGCGACCGGAAGACCUCGGAGCCCCUUCUGUAGAAGAAGCUAUUGAAUUGAAAAACGAAUUAGUUAAAUUACUGGACUGUGCUAAAUUCGAGCUCCGCAAAUGGAGUAGCAAUUCCCCUGAGUUUCUUUCCCAAUUACCUUCGGAGCAUUGUCAAAUACCAAAACCGUUUUGUGACAAUAGCAAUCAACAUACGCUUAAGAUUCUUGGAAUACAGUGGGAUCCAACUCAAGACAAUUUCACUUAUUCGGCAUCUGAGCUAGAUUCGAAAUGUACAAAGCGUUCUAUUCUGUCAAAUGUCGCUCGCAUUUAUGACCCUCUUGGGUGGUUAACCCCGGUGGUUCUUAUAGCCAAGUUGCUUAUUCAAGACCUGUGGCGACGUCAGUUGGACUGGGACGAAUCCGUUCCUGCGGACGUUUCACAACAGUGGCAAAACUUCGUAUCGGAGUUACAAAAUUUGACUGAAGUGCGUAUUCCUCGUCGAGUAGCACUUUCUAAUACAGCCAAAUACGAACUAGUCGGGUUUUGUGAUGGAUCGACGAAGGCUUACGGGUGUUGCGUCUAUCAACGAUCAAUUGGCGACGGCGACAUUACAUCGCACUUGUUAAUUGCGAAGUCUAGGGUAGCCCCUUUAAAACCUUUAACGGUUAACCGACUUGAGUUGUGUGGUGCUGCUCUUCUUGCGCGCGUGUUAAAGCAUAUGUAUAGUUUACUUCACAGUCAAAUUAACAUCGUGCGAGUAACUGCCUUCACAGACAGUAGUACUGUGUUAGCGUGGCUGAAUACACCUCCCUACAAACUUAAGACGUUUGUAUCGCAUCGUGUGGCUAAAAUAAUAGACGAAGUAAGCGUCGAAAAUUGGUUACACGUAUCGACUCAUGAUAACCCGGCUGAUCAUUGCAGUCGUGGUCUUCCCUGUUCUCAAAUUAUUACGAGUCAAACUUGGUGGUCUGGACCAAAAUGGCUUUUAGCCGAAUCAACAUCUUGGCCUAUUCAAAGAGAAUUAGUUUCCCCUGACAAUAUUCCCGAACUGAAAUCUACAGCUCACGUAGCAUUACCAACGUCUGAGAAGGAUGAUGCUGUUUCACAACUUAUUCACAAGUGCUCAUCUCUUUCACGUGUACAACGCGUCUUAGCGUGGUGUUUGCGUUUCGUUGCGAAUUCAAAGCGUUCGUCUGAGGCUCGUAUAACAUCACCAUUAACGGUUGAGGAAUUGAACACUUCGCUGUCUAUGCUAGCUCGACAUGAACAAGCAGCAUCGUUUUCGGAAGAAAUAGACUCCGUCAAAUCAAACAUUCCUUGUAGUCGCAUUAUACAAAAGCUGUACCCUUUUAUUGACGAGUUGGGUCUUCUGCGAGUGGGGGGGAGGCUGAAAAAUUCUCAGUUACCACAAAACACAAUUCAUCCUAUAUUAUUGCCGAAGUUAUCUCCCAUCUCACGACUUAUAAUCGAUUAUUAUCAUCGACUGCAUUUACAUUGUGGCCCCCGAACCUUACAAUCUCUCGUGCAGAGACGAUUUUGGAUUCUAGGUAUUCGGAAUUUGAUUCGGUCCCGACUAUCUAAAUGUGUCACCUGUUUCAAGGUCAAUCCAACACCAUGUCAACCUAUGAUGGGUAACCUGCCGUCGCCUAGAGUACAACCCGCGCGUUGUUUUCAAAACGUCGGAGUUGAUUUUGCAGGACCAUUUACGGUUAAAGAGAGUCGACGACGAAAUGCAAAAACGUAUAAGGCUUAUGUUUGCGUGAUAGUGUGUCUUGCUGUCAAGGCAAUACACCUAGAAGUCGUAUCUGAUUUAUCUACUCCAGCUUUCAUUGCGGCUUUUGAUCGUUUUGUGUCUAGACGCGGUCUCUGCAAAAUGGUGAUUUCAGAUUGUGGCACAAACUUUAUAGGUGCGAGGCGUUACCUCAGCGAAAUACAUCAAUUGCUACUUACCAAGCAGUCUGAAUUAAAUACGGAAUUUUCAGGACGCGGUAUAGAUUGGCGUCUAAAUCCUCCAACCGGCAGCCACUUCGGUGGUAUUUUUGAAAGCGGCGUUAAGUCAAUGAAACACCAUCUCAAGCGUGUAGUAGGAUUACAAGUUUUAACUUUCGAAGAGUUGGUAACAGUACUAACUAAAAUCGAGGCUGUUCUUAAUUCUCGACCGCUGUGUUUUCUUUCAUCCGAUCCCAGCGAGGUAGACGUUUUAACUCCCGGACACUUUUUGACUGGUGGCCCGUUGGUUUCACUCCCCGAACCUCAACUCGAGGAUACUUAUGUUCCACCACGCGAGCGAUGGCAGAUGCUUCAGAAGCUCACUCAAAGUUUCUGGCGCGCGUGGCAACGUGAUUACCUUCAUACGUUGCAACAACGGGUAAAAUGGUUCAAAGGUCAGGCAAAUGUUAAAAUUGGGAAUAUCGUAACAAUCGUAGAACAGAACUUACCUCCGUUAGAAUGGCAUUACGGUAAGGUGGUCGAUAUCCAUCCGGGCAACGACGGCGUCGUACGAGUUGUUACGCUUCGUACUGCGAAGGGUUUGUUACGUAGACCUGUAGCCAAAAUCUGUCCUUUACCUCUUAGUAAUUAAUCUACCAAUUUCUUUUAAUAUAUCUAUUUACGUAUUCUUUCACUUUGUUUUUUUUUUAUCCAAGCACACAUUCUACUUUCUGCUCACUCAUGUGAUCUUGAAACAUUCUCUGUAAACUUGUCGUCCUUAUAAACAGUUGUACAUUUGAAAGUCCGAUUCAUAUGAACAUUCUCCGUUAACUUGUCACUAUUUUAGUUGUAUACAGUAUUUUGGUUAAACUGAUUGACUUUUAAUUUAUCUUUUGAAAUCCCUGAAGUGAUUCCAAGUGGGGGGGAAUGUUAUGGCUUGCUAUUCUGUCUUUAUUUCAUGUUUCUUACUUCUAAUUUCUAAACCUUGGCCGCUAUAGUAAUCGCCCUAAAAAAUAUAUAUUAACAAAUAAUUGGACUAUGAAAUGAGCACACCGCUCCAACGCGCAUGCGCGAACGAAGAAGAUACUGAGUCGGCGCAUCAGAGUGCGCAGCCAUCUUCCGCAAAUAUCUGUGAACAUGUGAGCAGCGGCGGCCGAG